CGCAGUUUCACUCGCUAUUGCUUUUGUUCUUACACAUCAUUCCAGCAAGGCUACCGGCAAUCGUCCUCCUGCUGCCUCUCCCUUCUCUGCGGUUUCUCUUUUGCCUGAUUGUCUCACCCUUUCGCCUGAGAGAGCACUCGGUAUAUGAUUCCCUCUCUCUCAUCGUCCGCUCCGCCACGACCUCUCAGUUGCGAUGGCGGCUGCACAACCGACCCAGGACCAAAUAUCUCAGGUGGUUGCGAUCACCCAAGCAGAUGAUUCAGCUGCCAAAUUUCUGCUCAUGGUGAGCACAGCAAAAGAUCGGAAUACAAAACACCAAACUGAAGCCAAACCCGCAGAAGAGUAAUAACGAUGUCAACGCAGCCAUAAAUGCCUACUUUGAGGAUCCGGUAGGCUCUCUGAAGGAGCCACCGCCUACGAAUCAAUGGCAAGCGCAGGAUAAUAUUCCCUGUAUGUUAUUGGUGGUAACGGAGAUGUACCUUGGAAACUGAUGUUGACAUGAGCUUUCCGCAUAGUUGCCGACGAUUCCAGCAUGGGAGGAGUGCCUGCUUUGUCUCGUCCACCCUCACGGGUCGAUGGCAACAGACCAUUCGUCGACCUGUCAGCAGAUCACGCCGCAGCUAAUUCGAAAGAUGCAAAGACUUUGAGAGAGCAGGAGGAGAUGAACGACCCAGAAAUCCAACGUGCAAUGGCCGAAUCCCUACGUCAAAACGUACCUGCACAGGAAAAUGGGAUUACUGGCACAGGAGCACAUUUUGGACCGGCAAACAGAGACUAUUAUGAUCCUUCGAACUGGGCCCUCACCACAUUUUCUACGGCGCGAGAAAUCAUCGAUCAUCCUCCUCCCUCGAAGCGACGGCGUAUUGAUGAUCAGCCAGCCUUUCUACGCGGAUCCAAAGAAACGGAUUACCUCGGCCCGCUCUUGACCAUCUACCACAGCAUUCCCCUGGCUCGUGAAGCUUUGCUGAUGCCGGGUCUCAAAAUACAUGCUUAUGGUCACGACAGUAGUUGGUGGUCAGGCACAAAUGAUGAGAAUUCGAAAUCCUUGUCCACAGAUAACACUCUACGCGUUGAUCGAGACGAAUGCAAUGUACUUGCUGAGAUUCAGUGCUUGAUGGCAUUCCUCGACAAAACAAACCGUGCUUAUGGUAGCGUCGAUGCGCUGGCUGAUCUUCACCGUGUUCGGAACAACAACGAUCCUUCUUCAUUUGUCCGGGUGAUGCAAGCAUGGAGCUCUGCGGCUCUGCAUCAGGAUCCCAGCGAACAACUGACACAGGCCUUCACCUCUUCUGCUGUGAAGGAAAAUGGUCCGGAGAGCGAUCGACAGCAGGAGGAGAUGGUCUGCGUGGAACCUUAUAUCAACCCCUCACUGGGUCAAACCCUUGUGGACGUGCUGGAUAACACCGUCUGGGAUGACGAGAGAGGAAAUAUUGACGAUGUCUGGAUUGAUCAUGCGGCCGAGGUUUUCACAAUCCGCGUUCGCGAUCCCAAUACUAGCAAAACUGCAAUGAACCUGCAUCUGGAUCCUGUAUGGUAUCCGGAUCGCUAUAUGCAAGAAUGCAGGGAGGCAAGCAUGCGAAUGAGACAAGAAUUGCGAAAGAUUCACUGGGAAGUUGAGCAAUGCACAGCAAUUCAAAAGCGCUGUGACGUGUUGAGGCUGCCGGACAACAGGGAACUAAUGGUUCGAGACGUCCUCGGUUCGGCUAGUAAGGCGUCCCUAGGUGUGACUGGGAAGAAGUCGACCUCGGCAGAUGCACUAUAUGGUGGUCAGGACAACAUGAAUAUGAACGAGGAUGCUGUGAGUUCUAGUGAGGUUGAGGGAGUCCGCUCAGAACUGCAAAGCAUCCUUCAGCGCAUCCAGCAGAAAUUGCAACAACUAGAGUCGAGAAAACAACAACUUCGAUUCACGAUGCGCCAGACAGCGUCCCAUCUCACUUGGCCAACUUCAGAAAGUCCAGAUCUCCCGUGCCGGAAAUACACCUUGCAAGGGAUAUCGACGAUGCCCAACAUCACUUAUGUCCGCAGACCAAACCAAGACUUGUUACGACUAGACGACGAGGAAGGUUCAAAUGAGGACCUGGAGAGCCAAUGGUGGAAGAUGGCCUGGCUGGAGGAGGAGAGCGGUGCGGUGCCGCCAGCACCAGUCAUUGGGCCUGUGACUCAAGAGCGAGCCCAGACCGGUCGAGCCACUGCCACUGGGGACACUUCAGUGGAAAGCGAACAGUCGAGACAAUACACUGUAUCCAAAGUAAGCGAAAAGGAGGUGCUUGAAGCGGCGAAGAGUACACAUCAAUCCAUACUGCUGGUUUAUGCCAACGAUAACGCCAUGAAGUUCAAAGGCAGUGAAUUGAGCCUGCCUCUUCGACACUUUGUGGAUCGUGACAACCAGGCCUUUGCCGAGGAACUACGAGAGGAGGAGGGCAUACUGACUGACGACUCUGGCGAGGGGGAGGUCGAAACGGAGUUUGAGGAUGUGCCUCUGAUUGAUCAGACAGGGUCGAGCAGUUCCGUGCGUGAGUUUACGCCAAUGUCAACCUCAAGUCCUGGGAUUCGUGACGAUGACGGACAGCCUUCGCCUAAGCGAGCAAGAGAAGGCAACAAUGGUUUCCACCCCGAAUUGCCACCACCGUACGAAGAGACCCCGGGCAGGCAGGAAAUGCAGGAACGAAAGGUGAACAAGAUUGGCUUCCACGCGGAACAAAUGCUGCAGAAAUAUGGGGGUGACGGCGAUAAGGAAGCCGAUCCAGAUGAAGACCCGAUGCAUAUUGAGCAUUCGGGAUAGAAGCUGUUAGGGACAGUGAGUUACCCAGAUUGCGGAGGGCUCCACGGAUUUUCCAGCUGGGCAUUACACGGCGACGUCUCGAGGGUUACACGACAUACUGCUGUGCCCAAAAGAUUCCCAAAAGCGUGAGGAUAACAGGCAGGCAAUGGACAGCCGAAUUGAGCCAUCCUUCCCCCGCAACAACUGCUCUCCAGAACAUACGGAUUGUAUAUGAUUCGAAGUGAGGCUGGUACUAGCUCGACCUGCUGGGUUGUCAGAAGGCACCCUGUGCGAGUAUUGGCCACACCCGGAAGUGGGUAACGACUUGUUCACACGAGCUCUGUUCGGUCAAAAUACGUGGUUGAAUGUGGGCAAACGGCUAAUGGGAGGAAGGAUUCAGAAUGACCAGAAGAGUCACCGAGUACCUAUUCUGUGGUUGCCGGGGUGGGAGCUCAGCUUGCUUGAAUGGAAAAUGGACGCUGCCAAUAGUUCUCAACCAGACUCGAUUCCUCUAGGACACCAAUGCACUGGCUGAUUCGACUACAAAUAUGCAAAUACUAUACAGCGUCACUUGACGUGUCCUUAGAGAGAGUGAAGUGCUGACCAGACAAGUAGUUUGGUUCGCCAGGCGCCCCCACGAGCUAAGAGGCCAAUGGGCACUGAUCCCAAGUCGAAGGCUUGCAGUAGAAGGCUUUAGCCAAGGGCUUACGACGGAACUGCAGGUGUUAUUGCCGGCAACCUAUCAACAGGACAAUUGCCGUCCAACACGAGCAUUUCAGGAAAGAGGGGAGGCACCACACCAUUAACCUGAGGUCUCGCGAAGUACGGAGGAGGCAAGUGACGGACUUCUGGAAAACCCGGCGGUGAGGUUUCGCGAAAUCGAGGAGCAGCCCACGGUUCUUGCUUGCAUUGUCGAUCUUUAUACGGAGUACCAGGGAGCUGGGAAUAAUGUCGCCAUCAUGUCCUGUCCUGUACAGUAUGUACGAGGACCGAUAGAAACCCCACUGUAGCACUCCUCAAACUCUUUCCAUUUGUUCAGGCACGCACUACGGCAAGGGUUGAAGAAGUAAUCCGUCUUCCAGAUAGUGGGCAACACACCC